AAUGUAGCUUUUAUUGUGAAAAAUGGUGUCCGGAAGUAACAUCUAUUUUUAAUCUGUCUAUGUAGCUACGGUAUGUGAGAAAGAUUUGUACGGGAACUGGGAAGACAAAUUGAGAAGAGACCGUAACGUUAGACGUGAGGGAUCGAUUUAAAGACUGGUGUUGUCAGGUGGCACAGAGUCUUUGAAAACCGAAACCGUCCACAAAACCCAGGCUGUUCCGCUGGAUUUGGAAGCGUUUCUGUAACUGUGACCGUUUAUUCGAUCCGAUACAGGAUGUCUGGACAGAGCAUUACAGACAGGAUAACCGCCGCUCAGCACAGUGUCACCGGGUCGGCGAUUUCCAAAACUGUGUGCAAGGCGACCACGCAUGAAAUAAUGGGGCCAAAAAAGAAACAUUUGGAUUACUUGAUUCAGUGCACAAAUGAGAUGAAUGUGAACAUCCCUCAGCUGGCCGACACACUGUUUGAGAGGACCACCAACACCAGCUGGGUGGUUGUCUUCAAGUCCCUCACCACAACACACCAUCUGAUGGUCUACGGCAGUGAGAGAUUUAUACAGUAUCUGGCUUCAAGGAACACACUAUUCAACCUCAGCAAUUUUUUGGACAAAAGUGGCCUACAAGGCUAUGAUAUGUCAACGUUCAUAAGGAGGUAUAGCCGCUACCUGAAUGAGAAGGCUGUGUCGUACAGACAAGUUGCUUUUGACUUCACUAAAGUGAAAAGAGGGUCUGAUGGAGUGAUGAGAACCAUGAACACAGAGAAACUCCUCAAGACCAUCCCUAUUAUCCAAAAUCAGAUGGAUGUGCUACUUGAUUUCAAUGUCAAUGCUAAUGAACUGACAAAUGGUGUGAUCAAUGCAGCCUUCAUGCUUCUGUUCAAGGAUGCGAUCCGACUGUUUGCAGCGUACAAUGAGGGCAUAAUCAACCUCCUGGAGAAAUACUUUGACAUGAAGAAAAUCCAGUGCAAAGAAGGACUUGAGAUCUACAAGAAAUUCCUUACACGAAUGACAAGAAUCUCAGAGUUCCUCAAAGUUGCAGAGCAAGUGGGAAUUGAUCGAGGGGACAUCCCAGAUCUGUCUCAGUUUACAGUUUGUGCCCCCAGCAGCCUUCUGGAUGCCCUGGAGCAGCACUUGGCCUCUUUGGAGGGAAAGAAAGUCAAAGACUCAACAGCGGCCAGCAGGGCUAGCACCCUCUCUAAUGCGGUCUCGUCCCUGGCCAACACCGGCAUAUCUUUCACCAAAGUUGACGAGAGGGAAAAACAGGCAGCCCUGGAAGAAGAGCAGGCUCGCCUAAAAGCACUAAAAGAGCAGCGUCUGAAAGAGCUCCAGAAGAAUCCUGCUGCAGCUACCACAGACUCCUCCCCUGUCUCCCAGGUGGGCGGGACCAUCAACUCAGCCCCUACCAUUGACCUCUUCUCCACCUCCAGCUCCACCAACAGUGCCUUCAAGGCAGCAAACGACCUGCUGGACCUACAACCAGCUUUCGAGCAGACGCUGCCUCUCUCCACCACCAACACAUGGGGAGAUCCUUUCACCUCUGCUGCAGAAGCUGUGGAGGAAUCCAUUCCAAACUCAAACCCUUUCCUCACACUACCUGUUGUUGAUACUGUCCACCUGUCACCGGCGUCCUCGGCUGCUGGCAGCCUGUCCUCUAGGACACCUAGCCAUGAAGUGUUUGAUCAUUACAAUCCCUUUUUUGACUCAAGCUCUUCCCUGGCAUCUGAUCUUGAUACGACUGCACAGAUAGAGACAUUUAUCACAGACUCUUUCUGUCGACCAAGCCCUUACAACACCACUCCUCUCCUCCAAUCUGAGCCCCCUGCCAUAGCUGGUCUAUUCAGAGGGUUUACAUCCUCCCCAACGCUCCAGCAGCCACAAAACUCUCGAGGCCUUAACGUCGACUUUGACUCAGUAUUUGGCAACAACACCAAUGCCAACAACCUGGAUUCUACAGACAUUUUAGGUGGCAUCCUCAAACCCACAGUGGCAUCCUCACCCCAUCAGGGCAUGACCCUGAACGGUCAACAGCCCCACAAACUGGUGUCCAACGACCUGGACUCGUCACUGGCCAAUCUUGUUGGCAGUCUGGGAAUUGCCAACGGCACAGCAAAAAAUGAUCUUCACUGGAGUCAGCCUGGUGAGAAGAAGCUGACAGGUGGAACCAACUGGCAACCCAAGACAGCUCCCUCUACCACCUGGAACCCUGCAGCCAUGGCACCAUCUGUCGUGGCCUUCCCUGCAACCACACCGACGGGCAUGAUGGCAUAUGCAAUGCCUCCUCACAUGGGCUCCAUGAUGAUGACACAGCCCACUAUGAUGUACACCCAGCCUGUGAUGAGGCCAGCCAACCCCUUUGGCCCCAAUCCAGGUGCACAGAUGCAGUUUAUGUAACCUGAGGGGGGGGAGUCUUUCCCGUUUGAAGAUGAUUCACAACAAAGUCAACUAUCCAAGCAAACCUGCUGUUUGCUUCUAAUUAACUCACCUCUCUGAGAAUGAAAGGCCCAAGUAAGACUUGUUGAAUAAAAUCACAGUGACUGGGAGUGGCUCUGGCCAUCUCAGAGAGGCAUCACAGUGGACAUUGUGCCCAUCUAGUCAUGUCUAAGUCAUAGAAGGAGAAGAAGACUGCGUGCUGCCAUUCAAAACCACGUGGACAGGGAGCAGCCCCUACUGUAUCCUGGACUAAGAGAAACACAACACCCAAAGGGAGAGCUUUCUGACAUCACUGUUUAUGUACCUGGGGAAAAAAACAAGUUGGGUUGUCACACUGUUUGAGUUGUCUUUUUUUGUUCCUCUUUCUCCAGGUGAGGCUGGGAGAGUCACUUCUUUUGAUUAUCAAUCAUGAUUCCCGUCUUAAAGCAUCCCCAGAUUAGAAAACAAUUGCAAACUCCUCUUUAUAUCACACUUUUUUUAUGUAUUGUUUGCAGUAGACAUUCCGUGUGUAUUGUUUGUAUUUAUUUAUGAUUACCUUCAGAGAGGAUGACGUAAAAAAAAAAAAUUAAAUAAAAAUAAAGUAAGUAUGUAACUAGUCACUGACUUCCUCCUUGUGGAAGGUCUUCAGGUUUAUAGAUAGGUAUGAUUGAUUGUAGAAUUGGAUUUUGAGUGAUUUGAGAUGAUUUUUAAAAAAAGUUAAUAUAAAGUUUAAAGAGAUGACACAUUUUGCUGUUGGGGCUCUAAAUAUUCUCUGUACUCGCCUUGUACAGUUACCUGUGGCUCGAGGGGUCACACAGAGGGAGUGUGUGAACAUAAUAAUUCAUUAACAUACGGCAUAUUGGUGGGGCCGAUGUCUAUGAAUUUGGCAUGGGAACGUUUUUCACAUCAGCAAAAGCACUACAUUUUGUGAUUGAGGCAGCACUGCAUUGGAAAGGAAUCUGCAUUUAUGCUUUUGACGCUUUUGGCAUGCCAUUUAUUCUUACAUUUAACAAAGCUCCUGGCUGCCUUUUUUCAACCUGAAUGUGCAGGGUCCCUUUCAUGCUCAGAUCAUGUUUCCAUAGGCGAGCACUGGGGAAUUUUGGAACAAUGUCGGGGCAUGGGGAGGCGUCAGGUGUAGGUUCAGAGCGACUGGUAACUGGUAGGGAUGGGGGUGGGGGGCAACUAGUUGUGCAGGAGAAUAGAGCACUGUUGAUCGGUGCUUUGUGUAUAUAAAACUUAUCCUGCCAAUUACAAGAAUGGAUGGGUGCAGGUAUGAAAGAUGGUCUGAACAUAAAAGUGGCCCUUAAUCCAUUAACUGAGCAUAUUUGCUGCAUUGUCCCUGCAGAUUAUAUUUUUGUUUGUUUGAUUUUUACAAUAAAGUCCAUGCUUCCACA